AAAGAAUAAAAGCCUCUGUUAUAUAAGAAGCCGUAAUACAGAGCAGACAGAUCCGCAAGAUAAAGAAGACGCGAAACGCAGCAGCACAACCCAAAGUGACAGGGACCUACUGGGCACAUGGAAGUCACCAUGAAGAUGCUGGUGGUCCUCUCUCUGCUGGGGUUAUUGGCCGGCUGCCUCGCCCUGCAAGGUGAUGACCCUCCGGCCCAAGAUUCAAGAGGCCGGCUAAGUAAUCAAGAGGUGAUGAUGUCACGGAGCGCAGCAAACGCCGUCAUCAAGAGGCACCGGCGCUCCUAUGACUAUUUAGAAAGGUUCUUCCCGCGAAGAAAAUCUUCCCUGGAGAUAAAAAUGGAGCAGUGUGAGAACUACCGGCCCUGCGACCAGCUGUCCGAGUGGGUGGGCUUUCACACCGCCUAUCAGAGAUACUUCGGACCUGUGUGAAUGGUGGCGUGACGCUGACCCCACUGUGUCACUGCCAGGACCCCAGCAAAGCCAAAUAAAAGAAAGACACAAUAUAUCUGACCCUACACCCCUGUGCUAUGCUCUAUAUAUGUGACCCUACACCCCUGUGCUAUGCUCUAUAUAUGUGACCCUACACCCCUGUGCUAUGCUCUAUAUAUGUGACCCUACACCCCUGUGCUAUGCUCUAUAUAUGUGACCCUACACCCCUGUGCUAUGCUCUAUAUAUGUGACCCUACACCCCUGUGCUAUGCUCUAUAUAUGUGACCCUACACCCCUGUGCUAUGCUCUAUAUAUCUGACCCUACACCCCUGUGCUAUGCUCUAUAUAUCUGACCCUACACCCCUGUGCUAUGCUCUAUAUAUCUGACCCUACACCCCUGUGCUAUGCUCUAUAUAUCUGACCCUACACCCCUGUGCUAUGCUCUAUAUAUGUGACCCUACACCCCUGUGCUAUGCUCUAUAUAUCUGACCCUACACCCCUGUGCUAUGCUCUAUAUAUCUGACCCUACACCCCUGUGCUAUGCUCUAUAUAUGUGACCCUACACCCCUGUGCUAUGCUCUAUAUAUGUGACCCUACACCCCUGUGCUAUGCUCUAUAUAUGUGACCCUACACCCCUGUGCUAUGCUCUAUAUAUCUGACCCUACACCCCUGUGCUAUGCUCUAUAUAUCUGACCCUACACCCCUGUGCUAUGCUCUAUAUAUCUGACCCUACACCCCUGUGCUAUGCUCUAUAUAUCUGACCCUACACCCCUGUGCUAUGCUCUAUAUAUCUGACCCUACACCCCUGUGCUAUGCUCUAUAUAUCUGACCCUACACCCCUGUGCUAUGCUCUAUAUAUGUGACCCUACACCCCUGUGCUAUGCUCUAUAUAUGUGACCCUACACCCCUGUGCUAUGCUCUAUAUAUGUGACCCUACACCCCUGUGCUAUGCUCUAUAUAUGUGACCCUACACCCCUGUGCUAUGCUCUAUAUAUCUGACCCUACACCCCUGUGCUAUGCUCUAUAUAUCUGACCCUACACCCCUGUGCUAUGCUCUAUAUAUCUGACCCUACACCCCUGUGCUAUGCUCUAUAUAUGUGACCCCACACCCCUGUACUAUGCUUUAUAUAUGUGACCCUACACCCCUGUGCUAUGCUUUAUAUAUGUGACCCUACACCCCUGUGCUAUGCUCUAUAUAUCUGACCCUACACCCCUGUGCUAUGCUCUAUAUAUCUGACCCUACACCCCUGUGCUAUGCUCUAUAUAUCUGACCCCUACACCUCUGUGCUAUGCUCUAUAUAUCUGACCCCUACACCUCUGUGCUAGGCUCUAUAUAUCUGACCCCUACACCCCUGUGCUAGGCUCUAUAUAUCUGACCCCUACACCCCUGUGCUAGGCUCUAUAUAUCUGACCCCUACACCUCUGUGCUAGGCUCUAUAUAUCUGACCCCUACACCCCUGUACUAGGCUCUAUAUAUCUGACCCCUACACCCCUGUACUAGGCUCUAUAUAUCUGACCCCUGUGCUAUGCUUUAUAUGUAUGUCAUGAUUCAGAAACCAAAGACAGGUACUAUUACUGAUGUACAGAUGGAUACAGGAGAAAUGUUAUUAAAUUCCGCCCAAUACU